AACCCGGCAUUCAGCAGCAGCAGCAGCAGCAGCAGCAGGCUGAGCUUAGGGAUCUAUUGUUCCCUGUUUUAUUACUGCCAAACCUCGUUCUCACUCAUUAAAGAUCCGAGAGAAAAAAAUAAACAGAGAGGACCGGGAGAAGAAGAAGAGACCUCAGUCCUGUUCGCCUGGGAUUACUUCUUCUUGGACGCACUGGUGCGGACAAAGCAGAAGCAGAAAAAACACUCACACUUCAGUCCAGCUCCCUACCCCGGAUCAGGCUUGUUUUUUUCCUCUUGACUGCAUUGGGAACUAUAGUUCUUGCCGUGCGGCGGUCAUGGGGCUGGCCAGCAGAGCUGUGGGGAUGCUGGGGGUCUCAAGAGGGGUACCGCUCCCCUCUCUCUGGAGGAUAGCCCUGCUCUUUCUCUCUAUCUGGGAGAUGGAUGCACAAACCGCAGUGGAAACUAAACCUCUGUACAUCUGGCAGACAGGUCCAUGGGGUCGCUGUAUGGGCAGUGAGUGUGGACCGGGCGGCAGCCAGAGCAGGGCGGUAUGGUGUGCUCACUCUGAAGGCUGGACCACCCUGCACACCAACUGUGACCAGACAGAACGGCCGGACAACCAGCAGAGCUGCUUCAGAGUGUGCGACUGGCACAAAGAUCUGUAUGACUGGCAGCUGGGUGCGUGGAACCAGUGUGUCCCGGUGUCGAUGCGAAGUGCUGGGGUGCAGCGCCCCACUGUGUGUACCCGGGGAGAGGAGGGCAUCCAGACCCGUGAGGUGGGCUGUGUCCAGAAAGCAAACGCCGAGCCCGCAGAGGAUGCAAUCUGCGAAUACUUUGAGCCCAAACCACGCCUAGAGCAGGCCUGUCUCAUUCCCUGUCCACGGGACUGUGUGGUAUCAGAGUUCAGCUUGUGGACUCACUGUUCUAAAACCUGUGGGAUGGGUUUACAGAACCGCAUCCGCUUCGUUCUGGCUCCGCCACUGUUUGGCGGGGCUGCCUGUCCAAACUUGACCGAGUUUCAGACAUGCCAGCCAGGGCCCUGUGAGGGAGAGGAGAGCCUCUACAGCCUUAGGGUGGGACCCUGGGGGCCCUGCUCUGUCCCGAUGCCAAGGCAAGCCAGACAAGCUGAUAAACCACCCACAGAGAGUGACAACCCAUCCAAGGAAAGUGAAACACUUUCCAAAGAGGGUGACAAACAGUCCAGAGAGGGUGACAAACAGUCCAGACAGAGCGAAAAAACAUCCAAAGGGGGUGACAAACAAUCCAGAGAGGGUAUCAAACUGUCCAGUGAGGGUGACAAACAGAGCAGAGAGGGCGACAAACAGCACAAAGAAGGAGACAAAAGGUCCAAAGAGGGUGAUAAACUGUCCAGAGAGGGACACAAACCAUCCAGACCCAACAAAAAAUUGGGCAAGACAAACAGGAAACCAGACAGGCCAUCCCGGCAGGCAGACAGGCCCAGACGACAGAAAAAGGCUAAAAACAAAGAGAAAAAAGACAAAAUGAGAGAGAAAGUCCGGGAGAGAUUAAGGGAGAGGGGUAAAGUGAAGGAUCCUGAGACCAGAGAACUCAUCAAGAAGAAGAGGACCAGAAACCGUCAGAACCGCCCGGGAGGAAAGUCCUGGGACCUGCAGGUCGGCUACCAGACCAGGGAAGUGUCCUGUGUGCAUAAGAGUGGGAAUGUUGAAGCUCUCAGCCUGUGCUCUCAGCAGUCAUUGCCAGUGACCUUCCAGGCUUGCGUCAUGACCAAAGACUGUGAUGUGACCGAGUGGUCUGAAUGGUCAGCUUGUUCCAAGGAGUGCUACGACCCCAACGGGCCAAAGGGGGAGCGCACUCGUACCAGGAAAGUGAGUCAGUUCCCAAUCGAUGGAGGAGCAGAUUGUCCUGAGCUGGAGGAGAAAGAGUCCUGCAGCCCCAUGGGAGACGGAGUGCCACCCUGCAUUGUUUACAGCUGGAGGACUACGGAGUGGACAGAGUGCAGGGUGGACGUGCUGCUGAGCCAACAAGACCGUCGGCGUGGAAACCAGACGGGCUUGUGUGGAGGCGGCAUUCAGACUCGAGAGGUCUACUGUAUCCAGACCAGCACUGAUACACCACCCAAACUCAGCUCGCUCCGGAGCAAAGAAGCAGUGCGACCAAUGGACAGUGAUCUGUGUCUGGGUAUCUCCCCAAACACCACCCAGCUCUGCCAUAUCAGCUGUCCUGUUGAGUGUGAGGUGUCUUCGUGGAGUGCCUGGGGACCCUGCACCUAUGAAAACUGCCAAGACCAGGCAGCCAAAAAAGGCUUCAAACUGAGGAAGAGGAAGAUCGCCAAUGAGCCGACAGGCGGGACGGGCAACUGCCCCCACCUGGUGGAAGCAAUACCGUGUGAAGACCCCAGCUGCUAUGACUGGCUGGUGGUUAAACUGGAGGAGUGCAUCCCUGAUAAUGAGAGGGAAUGUGGACCAGGAACCCAGAUCCCACAAGUGCAGUGUGUCAACAGUGAUGGGGAAUAUGUGGAGAGGCAGCUGUGCCGUGAUGCCAUCCUGCCCAUGCCGGCCAUUUGUGAGGUGCCUUGCCCAAAGGACUGUGCCCUUAGCCCCUGGACCCCCUGGUCUCUGUGCUCCCACACCUGCUCUGGAAAAAACACAGAUGGCAAGCAGACCAGAGCUCGCUCCAUCCUCGCCUAUAACGCGGGAGAAGGUGGAAUCCAGUGUCCCAAUAUCAGCGCCCUGCAGGAGGUGAGGAACUGCAAUGACCAUCCCUGUACUGUGUACCACUGGCAGACCGGGCCAUGGGGCCAGUGCAUAGAGGACUCCUCCAUCCCAUCCACCAACACGUCUGUGGGCCGAACACGGGGCGACGAUGCCUCCUGCUCAGUGGGGAUGCAAACCCGUAAGGUCAUCUGUGUCCGGGUCAACGUGGGCCAGGUUCCUCCGAAAAACUCAGAAGAUGUUUCCCAAAACGACCAGAGUUUAGAAUGCCAACACAAAGAAUGCGGAAGGUGCCGCUGUUUCCGCAAGAGACUGUAUCAUAAUACCCAGGUUGCGAGUGGGCCCUGCCCAUCAACGUGUCAACCAGGUGGUAACACCAAGAAGAAGCAGUACAGGAAACGUAUUAUCAUCCAGUUACCAGCCAAUGGGGGACAGGACUGUCCUGAAAUGCUGACUCAGGAGAGAGAGUGUGAGGCUCCAUCUGUCUGUCAUGGAUAUAGGUGGAAAACCCACAAGUGGCGGCGAUGCCAGCUGGUUCCAUGGUCAGUUCGUCAGGACAGUCCUGGAGCUCAGGAGACCUGUGGACCGGGCCUGCAGGUUCGGGCUGUUUCAUGCCGGAAGCAGGAUGGUGGUCAGGCAGACGUUGAAGCUUGUCUUAAGUUUGCCAGCUCCAUGCCGCCUCUCACACAACUCUGCCAGCUGCCCUGCCAGGAAGACUGUCAACUCAGCAGCUGGUCCAAGUUCUCCUCCUGCACAGCUGAUUGUGUGGGCGUCAGGACCCGCAAAAGGAUGCUAGUCGGGAAGAGCAAAAAGCGUGACCAGUGUAAAAACAACCAGAUGUAUCCCCUGAGUGAGACCCAGUACUGCCCAUGUAACAAAUACAAUGCCCAGCCUGUGGGCAACUGGUCGGACUGUGUGCUACCUGAGGGCGGUCGCAUGGAGGGUCAACUGGGCAUGAAGGUCCAAGGUGACAUCAAGGAGUGUGGCCAAGGAUAUCGUUACCAGGCCAUGGUGUGCUACGACCAGGACAACCGCAUAGUGGAGAACUCUCGCUGCAACAGCCAUGGGUACAUUGAGGAGGCUUGCAUCAUCCCCUGUCCGUCUGACUGCAAACUGAGUGAGUGGUCCAACUGGUCGCGCUGCAGCAAGUCCUGUGGCAGUGGGGUCAAAGUUCGCUCCAAGUGGCUCAGAGAAAAGCCCUACAAUGGUGGAAGACCAUGUCCUAAACUGGACCAUGUCAACCAGGCUCAAGUGUACGAGGUGGUGCCGUGCCUCAGUGACUGUGGCCAGUAUGUCUGGCUGGCAGAGCCCUGGAGUGUGUGGAAGGUCAGCAAUGUGGACCUAAAGGAUAACUGUGGUGAAGGUAUUCAGACAAGGAAAGUCAGAUGUAUGCUGAACACUAUAGACGGGCCCUCUGAGCAGGUGGAGGACUACCUGUGUGAUCCAGAGGAGAUGCCUUUGGGGGCCCGCAACAGCCGGCUCCCCUGCCCCGAGGACUGUGUGCUAUCAGACUGGGGAGCCUGGAGCCCAUGUCCACUGCCAUGCAGCGGGAACAGUACUCGAGAGAGGAGUGCUUCCCCGCUCCGCCAGCCUGGAGAGGAGAAGGAGUGUCCUCCGACUAAAGAGACAGAGCUCUGCAAACUCAACAGCAACUGCUUCCACUACUCCUACAACAUCACUGAUUGGAGUACCUGUCAGCUCAGUGACAGAGCAGUGUGUGGAAAUGGCAUCAAAACCCGCAUGCUGGACUGUGUGCGUAGCGACGGCAAAUCUGUAGACCUCAAGUUCUGUAAACAGCUGGGCCUGGAGAGAAAGUGGCAGAUGAAUGCUUCCUGUGUUGUGGAAUGUCCUGUCAACUGCCAGCUGUCUGACUGGUCACCAUGGUCUCAGUGCACCCACCCCUGUGGGCUGGCAGGCAAGCUGUGGCGGAGGCGGACAGUGAUCCAGGCUCCCCAGGGCGACGGGAGGCCCUGUCCGUCCCAAAUGGAGCAGUGGAAGCCCUGCCUGGUGAAGCCCUGCUACAGCUGGAGAUACAGCGCCUGGUCUGACUGCAAGUCUGAGGGGGCGAGGUGUGGAGAAGGCCUGCGCUUCAGGAAUGUGUCAUGCUUUGUGUCGAAUGGCUCAGGUCAGCAGGACAGCAUUCUGGUGGAUGAUGAGCUGUGUGGAGAUCUGGAGCCCUCAGUGGACAGAGACACACCUAUCGUUCUGCAGGAACCCUGUACUGUACCCUGUCCAGGAGAGUGCUACCUGACAGACUGGACAGUUUGGAGUCCGUGCCAGCUAAGCUGCGUGAGUGGGGAUGACCUGGGUUUUGGCUCAGUCCAGGUCCGGUCCCGAGCCGUGGUGGCCCAGGAUCCAGAGAACCUGCUGCAGUGUCCAGAACAGGAGCUGGAGGCUCGGCCGUGUACAGAGGGUCAGUGUUUGGAAUACAAAUGGAUGACUGGACCAUGGAGGGCUUCAUCUCGCCACGUCUGGUGUCAGCGCUCAGAUGGGCUAAACGUCACAGGUGGAUGCCCGAUGACAGCCAAGCCCAUGGCUGACCGAUCCUGUGACCCCCCCUGCAUUAAGCCACGCUCCCUGUGCACAGAGGCGGGAGUUUGUGGCUGUGAGGAGGGCUACACUGAAGUGAUGACAUCUGACGGCCUGCUGGACCAGUGCACAGUCAUCCCGGUGCUGGAGAUCCCCACUGCAGGGGACAGCAAGGCUGAUGUCAAGACCAUCAGAGCCUUCAACCCCACCCAGCCUGCAGCCAGCGGCCCUGGCAGGGCGGGACGCACCUGGUUCCUGCAGCCCUUCGGCCCAGAUGGGAAGCUGAAGACCUGGGUGUAUGGAGUAGCAGCAGGAGCGUUUGUUCUGCUCGUCUUCAUAGUCUCCAUGACAUACUUAGCAUGCAAAAAGCCAAAGAAGCCGCAGAGACGGCAGAUGAACAACAGACUGAAGCCGCUGACUCUGGCCUACGACGGAGACGCCGACAUGUAGAAGUCUUCCUGCUGACCACAGUGACCUACAGACAUUCGUCCUACUGCAGGACACACAGGGUUACUAUGGAAACCCUUGAUGUCAGGGCUGCCGCUGGGCAUUGUUCAACCUUCAUGUGGACCCCGUGGGAAGAUGAUUCUGCCAGAAAGAGAAAAACCUCAAAGUUCAAGAACCAGAAUCCAUGUCCAUUAGCAGCCUUGGUGUUGCCGUCCUCUAUUUUUAAUUUCCAUUUUGAUACUUUGUUUCACAAGAGCCUUCAUAAAUUCUUUAUCUUCUUCUGGAAGUUUGCCUUUGCUUCUCUGCCAUCUACUACUGCCGGUAACAUCCAAAUUAAUGGUCUUCGGGUGGGGGGGGGAGGGGGGAGCGGGGGCGCAAAACAAAGAUAAGCUCUAAAAGCACAAAUCUUCAUUUGUCUUUUUGUUAAUUUUGUCACAGCUGAGUGGGAUCAUGUAGGCUACUAAGGACACUUGUCAGUCUUUGUCUCAUUAAGAACAGUUAAAUGCGUUUGUGUGAAUGUGGCUUGGGUCCGUCUCGCAAGAAAAAGAAAACCAGAGAACAUACAGUAAACGUAAUGAUUCCCAGAGCAUUAUCACUUCUGCCUGUCUCUCCUUUCUCUGUUUUCAGGCAUAAUUUUGCACUAUAUUAGUGCAGCAUGAUAUGUACUUAUGUCUAGCUUCGCCAUAGGAAACUGCCUCUCUCAAUACAAGAUGGUGUACAGUCUUGUGCUAGAAAUGUAAAAAAAAAGUAGACUUUUUUUGCAAACAGAACUCACCAAUGUUUGUUAAUAUGUUUCUUCUAUUACCUCUUAUGUGUGAUACAAUGGGACUUAAUGUAAAUAGGAUUUUUUCUGAGCUCUCAACUCUACCUUUCUAGUAUGUACAGCUACAUGUCCCAAACGCUGCCUGAGUUCAAUUAUUCUCUGAUGAUUGUCUGACUGUGGCUUAAGACCAUGAUCUAUUACUUUUAUUAAUUAUUGACAGACAUUACUGUCAUUGAUUCCCAAUUGGGGCUGUCAUUUCUCAAAAUUACCCUGGGCUUCGAUCGGUUUAGUUUCGCGUAAAUUUCCCAAUGUUUUUCCCAUGGUUUCGUUUUUUUUCCCAAUGCAGACCACAUUGUCUGUGUAAUGUCAUGAAUAAUGAUUGGGCUGUGUGUGACCGCUUUCUUCUGGAUAUCUACUCAACUAACAUGCAUGGAUAAAAAAGCAGUAGGAAUUGUGGGUUUUAAAGGUCCUAUGACAUGCUUCUUUUUUGGAUGCUUUUAUAUAGGCCUUAGUGGUCCCCUAAUACUGUAUCUGAAGUCUCUUUUAUAUAGACCUUAAUGGUUCGC